AUGUCAAGCUGCUGGUAUACCAUGUACAUGGCCAGAGCAAAGAAAAAGGUUAGUCAGGCUCUCGUUGCACAAAAUAUCCUGGGUUUACCUAUACCCGACCUAACCGAGAGACUGACCGUCUCCCUUCACAGAGGGCCGGCAAAGGGAUACAUAGAAGGUCUCGAACAUCGCCUCCACGAAGCUGAAUCACUCCUUCUCUCCCUUCUUCCCCUAGUCACCGCGGAACAGUUAAAUUGCGCGACCGAGUCUUUGAAAUCAACCUCCUCCUUAACGACGAACACCCUCAACAUGCAGACGCGAGACUCGCAGUCACCAGGGCCUCACAAUGUCAGAAGUAGUCCACCUCUUCUGAAUAAGAAGACCGGUAUAGAGUACUGGGAGUCAUUCCCACUAGAUACCGCUGACAAUAUCCGGAAAUGGCAAGAAGACUGCGUCCUGCAUUCGACAGGUCAGAGUCAUCAUCCGUCCUUCAGAAAUUCCACCUCGGGUGACGACUCGCUCUCCCGCGAGAUGAUGCAGAAUGCUUUCCACUCUGCUCACGAUUCUCGCCCGGCGUCAGUCGACUUGGUUCGAGCACCAUCAGGAGCAUUCCGCUCAAUGAGUAGCGACUCCUAUCGGAGUGGAACAAGCACACCUGUUCAUGCCCCUCAGCAUCCCCAGGCCCAAGCCACAGUAUCUUCGUCGAAUCAUCUACGGCAACUGCCGUCCACAUCUCAGCAGCAACAUCAACCCCAACAACAUAAUUGGAACUCCAUGUCUAUUUUCUCUUCUCUAUCUUCACCAGGUGGCACGACGACGACGAGCACGCCGAACAACAACUCGACCAUCAACAAUGUCGACAUGAGUAACGAGGCGCUCUUGCUGCAGAGUUUCGCCGAUUCCACUUGGGCCCAAUCACAGUCCUUGAACAAUGGCAUGGGCAACAUGAACUCUGGAGUAGGCACGGGCAACGGCAUGGCACUGGAAAGUGGGCCAAUGGAAGUCGACACGGGCUUCUUUACCAAUGAUUUGCAAAGAAGUUUAUUUUGGUGA